AUUGGCAAAGAUUUCUGGUCUUCUUUUCAUCCAGAAAAUUCCAAAAGACCUCAUGAAGUGCUCAGGUGAGGAGAUGAGAAAAGGGAAUUACUGUGACAUCAUCCUUUUAAGGAUCAGAGACAAAACCUUGCUCUAACUGGUGUGUUUGCAAUAGGUAAACCACUUUUAAGGAAAGCGGGGUUAAUGCUUCCCAAGUAAUGGAAGGUGAGAGGGUCCGGGGUGAAGAUGUGGCACUGCCUGAGCUACCCCUGCCAGGACCCACAGUCAGAGAAUGACUGGGCCACCAGCCCUUCCCUGGACGUGACCGUGACUGUGUCGACAGGUGUAACACAGGCGCACAGCAAAGCCCACAGGAUUCCGACCAUGGUGAUGGGGAGGUUCCGUCGACCUCGACCAGCACAGCUGGGAGUUCUUCUGUGCCAGAAAAUAACCAGGAUGGGAUUUAAUGCCACUUCCUUGUUACAAAAAAGCAAGCUGGGUUUUCUCAGCGCCACCAGUUAUUGCCGUUUAGCCCAUGAGCUGCGAGUGAGCUGCAUGCAGAGGAAGAAGGUUCAGAUUCACAGCUCCGAUCCCUCCGCUUUGGCAAGUGACCGAUUUAACCUCAUAAUGGCGGAUACCAACAGUGACCGGCUCUUCACCGUGAAUGAUGUCAAGGUUGGAGGCUCCAAGUACGGCAUCAUCAGCCUGCGCGGUCUGAAGACCCCCACGCUCCGGGUGCAUAUGCACGAAAACCUCUACUUCACCAACCGGAAGGUGAACUCUGUGUGCUGGGCCUCGCUGAAUCACUUGGAUUCUCACAUUCUGCUGUGCCUCAUGGGGAUCGCGGAGACUCCGGGCUGUGCCACCCUGCUCCCAGCGUCACUGUUCGUCAAUAGUCAUCCAGCAGGAGACCGGCCUGGCAUGCUCUGCAGUUUCCGGAUCCCUGGGGCCUGGUCCUGUGCGUGGUCCUCGAACAUCCAGGCAAAUAACUGCUUCAGCACAGGCUUGUCUCGGUGGGUCCUGGUGACCAACGUGGUGACGGGACACCGGCUGUCGUUUGGGACGAGCAGUGAUGUCUUGGCCCAGCAGUUUGCUGUCAUGACUCCUUUGCUGUUUAAUGGCUGUCGCUCUGGGGAGAUCUUUGCCAUUGAUAUUCGAUGUCGAAAUCAAGGCAAUAACUGGAAGGCCACUAGCCUGUUCCACGACUCAGCGGUGACAUCUGUGAAAGUCCUGCAGGAGGAGCAGUGCCUGGUGGCAUCCGACAUGGCUGGAAAGAUCAAACUGUGGGACCUGCGGACCACCAAGUGUGUAAGGCAGUACGAAGGUCACGUGAACGAGUACGCCCUCCUGCCCCUGCACGUGCACGAAGAAGAAGGACUCCUGGUGGCCGUUGGCCAGGACUGCUACACGAGAAUCUGGAGCCUCCGCGAUACCCACCUGCUCAGAACCAUACCCUCCCCACAUCCCGCCUCCAGGACCAACAUUCCCAGUGUGGCCUUCUCGUCUCGGCUUGGGGGUGUGCAGGGAGCACCGGGGCUGCUCAUGGCUGUCCAGCAGGACCUUUACUACUACCCUUACAGCUAAUUCUGCAGAGAACAGCCUGCAGGCAUGUGGAUUUGACUGAAUGGAGUAAAGAGUAGCCAUACCUCUGCCGUAUGCUGUUUCCAGUGAAGGCAUUUUAAAUGGAUGCUCUGUGUGCACAGAUCCCAUCCAUCCUGCUGCUGCGGACAUGAAGAUGCUGUGUUUUAUGUGGAGACACUUUAGUGAUGUAUGUCAGUUAAGUUGUGGGCUCAGAGAGCUUGAAAGUCCUUUUCAUAAAAGGUACCUAUUUCCUCUUGUUGAAUUCCUUAGAAUAGUCCCUUCCCCCUUUUAUAAAACAAAAAUUACUUUUUCUAAGGGCUGAAGAUUAGCAAUACCUAAAUUAAAGCUUCUUUCACCAAAAGCCCUUUCAAGAAGCCUAAUGAGACUGAUAGGCUAGUCCAGGGGUGGGCAAACCUUUUGACUCGAGGGCCACAGUGGGUUCUUAAACUGGACCGGAGGGCCGGAACAAAAGCAUGGAUGGAGUGUUUGUGUGAACUAAUAUAAAUUCAAAGUAAACAUCAUUACAUAAAAGGGUACGGUCUUUUUUUUCAAUAGUUUUAUUCAUUUGGUCUGCGGGCCAUAGUUUGCCCACGGCUGGGCUAGUCAGUGCCUGGGUCCCAAAAAGACAUGCAUCUGUACUUGAGAACACCAGCUGGAGAGAAGGGGAAGAGGAAAGUCCUUUUCCUCGAGUUUCUAGAGAAAGAUUGGAGGCUGGAGUUUGGCCUUCUCACACUCAGUAUCAGGAACAAAUGUUUGGGAUUCUCCUUUUCUUUAUCAUUCAUGGGCAUAGGGCAGAAAGGUGGAUCAUUUUAGAACAGUGGUUCUCAACCUUGGCCGCACAUUAGAAUCACCUGGGAAUCUUUAAAAUCCUGAUUUCUGGGCCUCAUUCUCCAGAAAUUCUGUUUCUUUGUUAUGGGGUGGGGCCACAACAUUAGUAACAAAGAAACAGAAUUUCCGGAGGAUGAGGCCCAGAAAUCAGGAUUUUCAAAAGAUUCCAAGGUGAUGCUAAUGUGCAGCCAAGGUUGAGAACCACUGUUUUAGAGGCUAGUAGACUCUAGCGCAGGGGUGGGCAAACUUUUUGACUCAAGGGCCACAAUGGGUUCUUAAACUGGACCGGAGGGCCGGAACAAAAGCAUGGAUGAACUGUUUGUGUGAACUAAUAUAAAUUCAAAGUAAACAUCAUUACAUAAAAGGGUAUGGUCUUUUUUUUUUUAGUUUUAUUCAUUUCAAAUGGGCCAGAUCCGGCCCGCGGGCCGUAGUUUGCCCACGGCUGCUCUAGCGGCUAGAGGUUUUAAGCAGGCCUUCGCGUGCCUUUUGUUGAGGCAUCCUUUAAAAUGUUAGCCACAGCAGCUCCUGUUUCUGUCAUGGGGACUUGAAUGUCAGAUUCAAGGGCCCCAUCUCAAAGAAAAUAGGCUUUGACUUUUUUACUGUCUAAGAGAAGCAGUUUGUGAGAUGUUUAUACCAAAUGUUAAAGAGCAUGUCUUUCUACCAAACAAUAAACCAGGAAGAACCUUGG